AUGGCUUAUUCUUCUACUUCCACUGCGUCCGGUCGUAAAGUUGUCGCUUGUGCCGAUUGGAGGAACGCCACGAACUUGGAGCAUUGCGAUUGGGAUGCAUAUUUCGUGAAAAUCAGUGCUCCUAUGUGGGAAUCAGAUACUAUCAUCAAGAGCCUCAGAACACCAAGUCUACUAUUUAAAGCCCUUGAUAGACAAGGAGCUAACCACGCACAAGCACUCAUAUAA